AUGGCUUCCUUCCUGGUGAGGUCCGGCGUCCGGGCGGUGUUGGAGGCGGCGGCGUCGGCGGGCGUCGUGACGCCCAGGCGUCUGGUGGCGGAGCAGCAGCGCCUCUUCAGCAAGAGCUUCCCGGCGCGGCUGUACCGGAAGGAGGCGGCCGGCCGGCCCAGCGCCCUAGAGCGCCACCUCUCAGACUCGGAGUCCGACAGCGACUCCGAUGACGAGCACCGGCCCAGGGAAAAGGGUAACACAGAAUUUUGGCGAAGAAAAAUUCGGACGUUUCAUGGACUCAUUGAUUUGAAUCAUGAUGGUGUAGUAUCAAUGGAUGACUUUAAUAUUUUGGCAGACAGAUUCAUUAACCUGGGACAUCUGACAAAGAAACAGGAAGAAGAGUUCAGAGCAGCUCUUCAGGUGGUGUGGGAAGAGCAAUGGGGUAUUGCACACCCAUAUAACUUGGUUACCACAGAACAAUAUUUGGAGAAUAUGCAUCAUGUGAUCAAUGACAAGUCCCUUAAAAGGAAAUCACAUCAUUUUCUUCCGCAUCUCUUCAAGGCUAUUGACAAGGACAAGAGUGGUGACAUAUCUGUCGAAGAAUUCAAAUUUUUCUUUCAGUGCUUGAACCUAGGACCAGAGAAAGCAAUUGAGAGCUUCACUGCUAUUGAUCUGAACCAUGAUGGACAUCUUAGUGAUGAGGAAUUUAUUAGGCUUGGAAGGGAGUAUUUUAUCACAGAAGAUGAGUCAAAGCCAAGUAAAUACUUCUGGGGUCCUCUCAUCAAGCCUUAAUAUGCUGAAAUAUCUGGCAAGAACUGAUAAUGAUGGUGGUAAUAACUUUAAUAAUGCAAACCUGAACAUUCGACAAGCUUGUCAUUGACGAAUGUACUUUUGUCAUGCUGAGUUUUUAUUCAGCUAAUAAUAGAGAGAAGUUACUGUUGCCUUGUGACAACAAAUAUGACACCAGAAAAUUACCACAUUCUAGAGGCAGAGUAAAGUGAAGAGACUGUGAUCUUCACACUGUGGGAUAUAUGUUAAAAUGUAGGAUAAUGUUUUA